AUGCAGCCUAGAAAACUGAUAAACCAUGGAUAUGGUGCAAUCUGGUUAAAUGACGUAAAUUGCUCUGGUUCUGAAAGUAAAUUACUGGAUUGUGAUUUCAAUAAUGUUACAUUUCAAUGUGAUCAUUGGUAUGAUAUUGGUGUCCAUUGCUUUCUUAACUGUUCAACAGAAGAUGAAGGUGAUUUGCGUAUAAGGCCAGGUUACGCUAAGAAUCAAGGACGACUGGAAAUUAAGUAUAGAGGAGAAUGGGGAACAGUUUGUCAUAAUCACUUCGGGAAUGUUGAUGCAGAAGUAGCAUGUAGACAGCUCGGAUAUUGUUCUGGAAUAAUGCAGCCUAGAAAACUGAUAAACCAUGGGUAUGGUGCAAUUUGGUUAAAUGACGUAAAUUGCUCUGGUUCUGAAAGUAAAUUACUGGAUUGUGAUUUCAAUAAUGUUACAUUACAAUGUGAUCAUUGGUAUGAUAUUGGUGUCCAUUGCUUUCUUAACUGUUCAACAGAAGAUGAAGGUGAUUUGCGUAUAAGGCCAGGUUACGCUAAGAAUCAAGGACGACUGGAAAUUAAGUAUAGAGGAGAAUGGGGAACAGUUUGUCAUAAUCACUUCGGGAAUGUUGAUGCAGAAGUAGCAUGUAGACAGCUGGGAUAUUGUUCUGGAAUUAUGCAGCCCGCAAAACUUAUACAGAAUGGCCAUGGCGCCGUUUGGUUAAAUGACGUAAAGUGCUCUGGUUCUGAAAGUAAACUACUGGAUUGUAAAUUUAAUAAUGUGACAUUACAGUGUGAUCAUUGGGAUGAUGUUGGUGUCCAUUGCUUUCUAAACUGUUCAACAGAAGAUGAAGGUAUUUUGCGUAUAACUGCUGGUUACGCUAAGCAUCAAGGUCGACUGGAAAUUCAUUAUAGGGGUGAAUGGGGAACAGUUUGUGAAAAUCACUUUGGGAAUGUUGAUGCAGAAGUAGCAUGUAAACAGCUCGGAUAUUGUUCUGGAAUCAUGCAGCCCGCAAAUCAUAUACGUCAUGGUAAAGGUGCCAUUUGGUUAAAUGACGUAAAUUGUUCUGGUUCAGAAAGUAAAUUACUGGAUUGUAAUUUCAAUAAUGUUACAUUACAAUGUGAUCACUACUGGAAUGAUGUUGGUGUCCAUUGCUUUCUCAGCUGUUCAACAGAAGAUGAAGGUCGUUUGCGUAUAGCUAAUGGCUAUGCUUUGCAUCAAGGACGACUAGAAAUACAUUAUAAAGGUGAAUGGGGAACAGUCUGUGAUAAUCACUUUGAGAAUAUCGAUGCAGAAGUAGCAUGUAGGCAGCUCGGCUAUUGUUCUGGAAUUAUGCAACCCAAAUUGCUGAUACAGGAUGGUCACGGCCCAAUUUGGAUAAAUGAGGUUAAGUGCUCGGGUUCAGAACAAAGAUUACUGAAUUGCAUCUACAAUGAAGAUACAUCAAACUGUCGUCACUCUGAAGAUGUUGGAGUACAUUGUUUUCUAAACUGUUCAACAGAGGAUCAGGAAGAUGAAGGUGUCACACCACGUGAUAAUGUCAUACAUCCAACUAGUGAUGUUGUAGUCGUUAUAAUUGGUGCUGCUGCUGUUAUAGUUGGUGCUGUAGUUUUGUUACUGAUAUGCUGGUGUAGACGGCAUUACUCUGGAAGACCCUAUGAAGAAACUAACAAUCCAUCUCCGCCAAGAACUGAAGGACUCUACGAAGAAACUAACAAUCAAUCUCCAGCAAGAACUAGAAGACCAAGUGGAGAACUGGAAGAUCCAGUGUCGGCAGAGCCUGGCAUAUAUAAUGUAUAUGACACUAUUUAUGACUACUCCGAACUUUUCGAGAACGAAGACUCGAGUGUUCCUGAAUCAAGUAUGAUGGGUAAUGCUCAUCUGGAUAUAGCUGCAUCAGUUGCAUAA